AUGGCGAAUCAGCAGCCCCAACAGCAGUACGAGACCCCUCGACGGCCGACUACUUUCGCACGGCCGUCGGAGGAGCUUCAUAUUCCCUUGUCCAACACGACGAUUGCCUCAAAUGCCCCCGGUGCUCAUGGGCCUCCGUCCAUAAAUAUCCAGCAAUCGACGCCUCAGCAUUCGCAGUAUUCUUCGAGCACCAGCGCCCUUCCUGGUGCGCUGCAGCCUGGAAAUGGACCUAAUCGGCCGGCGCCCAACUCCACCAACCCUGCACCCUCUGCCGUGCCUACGUUACCACCUAUCGCGACGCAGCCGCAUCAGAUGACGUCCUCUCGCUCGGGAACAACAAAUCACAGCCAUGGUCAUUCGAGGUCGAGUCCCGCUGGGUUUGAGCAACACAAGUAUAAGCAAUAUGGGUCAACGCCGGAAAGUGCAAAGUACUCCUCUCCGCCUGGGUCUGGAUACCCACCUCACACGCCCUCGGGCGCCAAAUACUCUCCCCUGGGUCUUGCUGAUAUACGGCCGCCCACUGAUACAUUGCUGAUGGAUCACUCAAUGGCUUCGGGGUCUGUUCCGAUCAAUGGUGACAUGCAAUUUCCAACCAACAGCAACUAUGUUGCUCCUUGGCCGAUUUAUGCUGCCGACUGGUGCAAGUGGCCCAUGUCCUCAGGGGGCUCGUUUGCUGGCAAAGUCGCCUUGGGAAGCUAUCUGGAGGACGGCCACAACUAUAUUCAAAUCGUCGACCUACACCGCAAACAACCCGAAGCAGAUACCCCAGAUGUUGCUCCCGGCGACGUAGAGCUAGAAUAUGUGAAGACGGCCGAAGCAACGCAUUCCUACCCAGUGACAAGGAUAUUGUGGGAACCUCCGUCCUCUCAGAAGCAAUCUACCGAUCUCCUUGCGACAUCAGGCGACCAUUUGCGAUUAUGGUCACUACCAAGUAAUCCUCACAUGAUGCAAAAUUCUAGCUCUAUUACCGGACGGAAUCAAGGCCAACCUCCAGCCAAGCUGUCACCUCUGGCUCUUUUAUCAAACUCCAAGUCUCCAGAACAUACGGCGCCUAUCACGGCACUGGACUGGAACACAAUCUCUCCCAGUCUCAUCAUCACGUCCAGUAUCGACACCACAUGUACGAUCUGGGAUAUACCGACCUUGACAGCCAAGACUCAACUCAUCGCGCAUGACAAAGAAGUGUAUGAUGUACGCUUUUGCGCGAAUAGUGUCGAUGUCUUUGUCAGCUGUGGUGCAGACGGUAGUGUCCGCAUGUUUGAUCUUCGGAGUCUGGAACACAGCACCAUCAUAUAUGAGCCUUCGGAGAAGACCGAGAAACUAAUGAGCCCUGGAGCGUCAAGCCCGUCAGCUUCAGGACAUUCGGCCUCCUGGCCGCCUCCCCUCUUACGCAUUGCCACAUCUCCACAUGACGCCCACUUGCUCGCAACAUUUUCGCAAGACUCCAAUAUCAUCCGCAUUCUCGAUGUACGACAGCCGGGUCAGGCUCUGAUAGAACUCAAGGGACAUUCAGCAGCAGUCAAUUGUAUAGAAUGGUCACCAAGCCGCCGGGGCACUCUUGCCUCUGGAGCUGAUGACUCUUGUGUUCUUAUCUGGGAUCUUUUCAACCAACACAACAUGCAACCCCCUGCUGCACCUGGUGCUUCGACGGGUCCAUCGACCUCGGAGCGUGGUCCCGCCGCUGCAUGGCUAUGUGAUUAUGAAAUCUCCAACUUGUCCUGGUCACCACAUGGAGCUACAACACCAUCGGGCCACCCUCGCGAUUGGCUUGGUGUAUGUGGCGGCAAAGGGUUCUGGGGCGUGGCAUUGUAA